UUAUUAUUUUCUUUUUUUUUUUGGAGCUUUAUUAUUAACAAAGUAAGAAAAUAAUUUAAUACAAACAAAAAAGAAGAUAAAAAUAAUUGAAGUAAUUGAGAUGAAUAAUCUUGAUGUAAAAAUAUCUGUACCAUUUCCAUCAUCUAGAGAGGCUGAUAUUGCUUAUCAGGUGUUAAAAGUUGACGCUGAACCAAAAAGAAGUGGAGUUAAAAAAAUUAUAUCUGUUGACAAUAAUAUUUUGAAGGUAAACUUUAUUGGUACUGAGGCGAGAAAAGUACGUGUUGGCUUAACAUCAUUUUUCGAUAAUUUAACACUUGUUUCUGAGACAAUGAAAGAAUUUGGACCACCAGAAUCAUCAUACAGCUAUUACUAAGUCAAAAUAAUAUCAACAAAAACAUCUUACAGCAUAAAUAAUACCUUUAGUCAAUUUUUUAUUAAUAAAUAAUCAUGUCAGAGCAUACACCAGCACCUUAUCGACCUCGUUCAGUCUAUGGUUAUGCCUUGUAUAUUGGAUCCAAUAUGAUGUUUUUUAUUUAUCUCGUUUGGGCAGUUAUACCAGAAGAUAUUUUACAUGAAAAAUUUGGUUUAACAUAUUGGCCUUUAAAAUAUUGGGCUGUUGCAAUACCAAUUUGGGCAUUAACAGCAACAGCAAUAUUUACAUUUAUUAUUUAUCCAGCAAUAAAUAUGCUCAUGACACCUGACAUUGAUGAUAUAAAAACCAUCAAAGAUCAAUAUUCACUUGUUCAAUGUGAAUAUAUUCCAGGUGGUAUUCCACCAGUUUCUGAUAUUCCAAUUACUGAUGUUUGUAGAAAAUUAUAUUUAAAACCUGUUAAUAAAACUUGAUUUUCUUAUAA